AUGGGGGUUACGAUACAUGCGAAAUCGGACUCGGAGGUUACGAGCAUCGAUGCGUCUUCACCACCACGAUCACCUCGUAGGGCACUGUAUUACGUUCAGAGUCCAUCGCACUCACAGCAGCAUGAUGUUGAGAAGAUGUCAUACGGGUCGAGCCCAUUCGGGUCACCCGCCCAUCACUACCAUUGCUCUCCUAUUCACCACUCCCGCGAGUCCUCCACUUCUAGGUUCUCUGCUUCUUUGAAAAACCCUAUCAGGAAUCAUCAGCUUGCUGUCUGGAAGAGAAUACCCCGCACUAAUGACGAUGACCCUGAUGAAGAUAACGAUGACGAUGAUGAUGGCAAGUCAAAUGUCAUGAGGUUUUAUAUGCUCUGCUUUCUCCUCUCUUUCAUUGUGCUCUUCACCAUCUUCUCCCUCAUCCUUUGGGCUGCUAGUCUCCCUUACAAACCCAAAAUCUUCGUUAAGAGCAUGGUUUUCGAAAAUUUGAACGUGCAAGCAGGGAUAGAUGGGACCGGGGUUCAAACGGACAUGUUGACUCUAAAUUCAACGGUGAGGAUCUAUUACCGGAACCCAGCAACUUUUUUUGGUGUGCACGUCACAGCUACACCACUUGAGCUUCAUUAUUACAUGCUCAAGGUCGCCUCUGGUCAAAUGAAGAAGUUCUAUGAGCCAAGGAAGAGUAAGCGGAUAGUGGUGGCUGUUCUUCAAGGACACCAAAUUCCACUGUAUGGUGCGAUUCCACUUCUUAGUGAUGCUAAAGACCGGAUUCAGAGUGUCUCUGUGCCGCUUAACCUUACAUUCGUAAUGAGAUCAAGGGCCUAUAUAUUGGGAAGGCUGGUGAAGCCCAAGUUCUACGUUCAUAUCUCUUGCCAAGUAACUCUCAGAGGCAAUCACCUUGGCAAACACAUCAAUCUGACCACUUCUGGUUCUUGCAAGUAG